CAUGCCCGACGCGUAUGUGGCGACCACCCAUUCGCCGCCUCUCCCAAUAUCACACAGCGUCGCAUGGAAUCUUCCUUCUCAAUAUCACCAUCACUCUCCCGCGUCCUAAGGAAACCAUCUGGAAUUUAAGCUUGAAUUAUCCCAAAAUAUUGGUUUCCUGUUUCUAUCUAUCAUAAGCACGCAUACGAAUCGACCAAAAUGUCAGCAACCACUCCACAACUGCUCGCUACCAUCAGAAGUUGGGCCAAGUGCGUCAACGAGAAGAAAUGGGACAAACUGCCCAGAUAUAUGCACUCGACAUAUAACCAAAACGGCAUCGAUUAUACGCCUGAAUCAUGGGCGGCGCACAUCAGAGAGCACGUGGCUCCCCAACUAGGAGGAGAUGUACGCAUCAACGAGGACAGCAUCAUGGUCGACGAGAGUGCUCAGUGCGUCGCACUGUCUCUAUGGCUUAAAUUCAAACCUGAGAUGCCGCUCCUAGGCUACCAACCUAAGGGCCGAGACGUCUUAUUCAUAGAGCGCGGUUUCAUCUGGUUCACGGAUGGUAAACUGUCGAAGGGAUUAUUCGUGAUUAAUGACGACGAAAUGCGUACGCAGAUGGCAAACCCCGGCACGGACUUUGCGCCCAGCCUAAUCAGCGAGUAUCCCGUCCCUCCAGUACGGACGCCACUAUCUCGCGAACAGCUAGAGGAGGUGUACAGGGCGUACGUCGACAUGUUCAACUCCCGCGAAACGGAUACGGCCUACUCGAAGUACGUCCACCAGCCGGAGAAGAUGCUGAACAACAAGAAUCUGGCUCGUCGCAUCAUGGACGACGCGAUGGCAGCUAUCCCAGACCUGCAAUGCCAGAUUCACACGCUGGUAGCGGAUGAGAAAUUGCAGCGCGUGGCUGUGUGGCUCAAGUUUUCUGGAACCCCAGUUAAGGAGUACGCCGGUCUGGUAGCGAACGGCGACCCCGUCUUUUUCACUGAACAGGCCACCUAUCAAUUCUUAGACGGGAAGAUUGAGCGGAUAUGGGGCAUGAUGGACUUCAGCGAAGCGAGACUUGCGCAGCAACCACAGUCCACGAUGCCGCUUGUUAUACCGGUGAUCUAAAGCUCAAACGAAUUAGGCACAACGGGGACGGAGUCUCGGAAUCUUAUGAUACCCAGGAUGUCGAAAUACGAUACAGACGAAUACCUGAUAUAGAAGAUUAUACACGAUGUCAUGGACGGGAGUGUUGUUUUUGUUGUUUUACUUACGCACCUACAUACCUAAUUAUGAGUAUCUCAUAGGUGGGAUAUUUCGGAAGUUGGAUUUUGGUUGGACUUCGAUUCUUCAGCAUUCAUAGCCGUCGUUCAGCUGCAUUAGCUUAUGACGCGGCUAUUUUUGUAACACGUUUUUAAGACAUUUUAACAAGGGAUCUAUUACUAGUUCUGCUCAACCCGCAAUUCGGAUUUUUCACAUGUCAAACCCCUGCACUUUAAUUG